AGAACUGUAAAGAAUAAAUGAAGUUCCUUAGUCACUAAGAAGUGUAGAUUAGUCAUUUCAGCACACAUCAAAAUAAAUAAAGUUUGUGAUCAAACCCACAGAGAGAAAAGCAAAUAUAGAAGAUCAGCAAAGAGGAUAAACAUUUUGAAUUCUUGAAGGCUUUUUAGGAACUUGAAAAAAAAAAAGGAGAAGCAAAGCAACUAGCGCAUGUCCCAAUUAAACAAAAGAGAAAAAGGUAGAAGAAGACACCAUAUAACAAGAAAAGAAGCAAAACCAAAAAGAAAGAUAAAGAUACAAAUAAGUAGUAGAGAAGAAGAGAGCACUUCAAGUGGUGCAAAAGAAAAAAAAUUCUCCCAAAAAGAAAAAUUCAGUGAGAUACAAAGAAGAUGUAUAGGUUUAGCAACACUGUGAUAGGUUUCUUGAACCUGUUCACACUGUUAGCAUCGAUACCGAUCAUCGGAGCAGGUUUAUGGAUGGCAAAGAGUAGUACAACCUGUGAAAAUUUCCUUCAAACCCCAUUACUUGUAUUAGGUUUUGUGAUAUUGAUAAUUUCAUUGGCAGGUUUCAUUGGAGCUUGUUUUCAUGUGGUUUGGGCACUUUGGGUUUAUUUGCUUGUCAUGUUGUUUAUUAUUGCAACUUUGAUGGGAUUGACCAUAUUUGGGAUUGUGGUUACAAGCCAAGGUGGUGGAGAGCAAAUCCCUGGUAGGGUUUAUAGGGAGUAUAGGUUGGAAGAUUAUUCGCCUUGGUUGAGAAACAGGAUCAAGGAGCCUCAGUAUUGGAAUACUAUCAGGGGUUGCUUGUUGAAUUCCAGGACUUGUGCCAAAAUUGCCUUUUGGACUCCUCUUGAUUAUCUUAACAAUGACAUGACCCCAAUCCAGUCUGGUUGCUGUAAGCCACCGACAUCAUGCAGUUACAACGUGGUGACAAUGGUAGCUCAAAACCCAGAUUGCUACAGAUGGAACAAUGCUCCAACCAUGCUUUGCUAUGAGUGUGAUUCAUGCAAAGCAGGGGUGCUUGAAUCUGUGAGAAGGGACUGGCAUAAACUCUCAGUUCUAAACAUCGUCGUGCUUCUGCUGUUGAUUGGGAUUUUUUCAAUUGGUUGCUGUGCUUUCCAAAACACUAAGAGGGCUGAAACUGAUUACCCUUAUGGCCAAAACAGGAUGUCCAAAGUUAGACCAAGAUGGGAUUACUAUUGGUGGAGAUGGUGGCAUGACAGAAAACAACAGCUUUAUUAACUAUUUUUUUUUUCCUUUUUUGCUAUCUUCCCUAAAACUUUAUUGGUCAAUGUUCCAAUGGGUUCUAUAAAGAGCGACAAUGCAGUUGUUUCUCUGUGUACGGCAUUGCAACUUUUUUUUUUUUAACAGAGUUUA